AUGGGCAAACGAGCUUCCAAUGACGCCGACGGAGCUGCGGCGUUCCGCAAGCGCCAGAAAAUCACACACGAUGUUCCCACCGGCGAGGAUGUGAGCUCGGGGGAGCAGCUGCGCGCUCUGCUCUCGUUCGACCAGGACAUGCGCCGGGCAAGACAUGGCCUGCAGUCCUUCAAGAGGCUUCUCGACAGCAUAGUCUCCGGCGAGGGCGAUCGAUCCGCGAGUCUCGCCAUUCUACGGGAAUAUCUCGAACUGGUCAAGCCGAGGCUCGAGGGCGAGGACGCCGUCUAUUUGAGCGACAUCAUGGAGAUGUGGUCAUUUGCUGCCCAGACGAACGAAGGCGGUGUCAUGUCCUCUGCGGCUGUUGUCCUCGCCCUCGUGCUCAAUGUCGUCUCGGAUUCGUUGGAGCUCGUCAAGCACGGACUGGGUAUUUGCCAAACGCUUGUCCAGGAGCGCCAGCUCAAGUCAAUAUCGAAGAACUUAUCCUCAGACAAGUCAAAGGGUUUCAUCAUAUCACCCACACUGCGAUUGCUUCGCGAAGCAGUGUCCCUCGACGGAGGCGCCUUCGCAAGACGGAUAGUGCGCGCCAAGACGUAUACUUUCGCCUCUCUCGGUAGAAACUUGGAAAUUGGAGGCACUCUAGAGAACCCUGAAGACUCUCGGAAAGCGUCCGUGAGAACAAAUGCCGUUCGCUUCUUCUUGAGCUGUCUCAAGUAUCUGCACUCUGACGGCCGAAAGGAGUUGCUCUCUCAGAAGGAGCUGCUGUCGCAUCUGACAUUUAUGAUCAAGAGUGAUCCGCCGUCUCUCGUCGUGGAGAUUCUGGACAGCUUGCGGACCCAUGUGUUGGCAGACAACAAGAUCUCACGAGAUAUCAAGUUCAAGUCUUUCAAUACCAAGACGCUGAUGCGGAUACUCGCUCUCUACAGCUACUCCAGCAGCACAGAAUCGGAGAGCGAAGUCGACCGGGUCAUCGAAAAGGCCCAUCAGUUUCUCAUGUACGUCUGUACCAACCCGGUUGCCGGCAUCCUAUAUCCCUCCACCGGCCUUUACCCCAAGGAGACAAACGAAGAGUUUUCGGUUCAGCUUGCCAAGCAAAAGAGCUCAGCACACAGCAAUCUGUCCAAGGACGACUCCUACCGCGACGGCGUCCCCGUCUUCAACUUUGUCUUGUCUGAGUUUGCAUCAAAGCUGCGCCCCUGGUCCAGCAUGAAGCACAGCCAGCUCUUGACGGCGAUAUUCGAAGCGGCUCCGGAACUGAUAGCAAACUACUUCUUCAACAACCAGUCGUUCACGUUUGAGCCCAAACUGACAAUGACGUGGAUUGGAUAUGCCUCGUUUCUCUUUGAUACGAUGAGGAUCCCGCUCCCCCCUUCAUUCGGCGACAAGACACGCUUUGCUCUCGGCCCUCCUCCUACAAACAUCGUCUUGGAUAACAUCCUACCACUUCCCCUGAACCAAAAGGUCAUGGUUCGAUGCCUUUCACCCAACUCGAACCUCACGUCCUUCUUCGCGACGAGAAUGCUGAUCGAAGCGCUCGAGAAGCUGUCGGUCGCCAUCAAGCUGCAUAGAGAAGGCUUUCGAGCGACAGACACUCGGUGGACUGAGGCCGCCCGAAGGCUCAUCGAUGCCUUCUGCAGACGCAUCCCGGAUAUGAAGGAGAUUGUGCGAAGCUACAAGGGCAUUGCCAGCGAGAACACAUUGCACAAGGCCAUGGCCAGCAGGCUGCUUCUCCUGUACUACGAGAUGAUCCCACAAGUGGCGCUGGCCGCAAACUUUGACGUCUCGCCGUUCUUCGUCAACGUCCUCCGCAGCUUGCAAAGCGACGGCUCCGACGAGCAGCAGCACGACGGAUUCCGCGAGAUGGAGCUGGAGAACCUGGUGUCGAUAGCCAGUUACUCUCCCGGCAUGCGCUGGUUUGCAAGAAUCGAGAUUCUCAGCGGCAAGGGCCAGUCGUCGCCAUUCACCACACUCCUCAAACUGCUCUCCAGCAGCGACCGAACUGCACCUCUUGAUCAGCUGAAACGAGUCCUUGCAGACGUUGCUGUGGAAAACCAGCUCGUCUCAGCCGCCACUAGACUAAACCCUCUUCUCCAAGCCAUUGCACUGAGCAUCGAUGAAAACAGCCCAGAGGACAUGGAGAAGAUAUGGUCCUUCUUAGACAACUGCAUCAGCCGCUGUGCCACAUCGCCCAUUAAAUACCUGGAUGUGCUCGAGAGCUACUUCGCAGACGAUGACGGCGACGUACAAGCAAAGGCCAGUGCCCGCAGCUUCAACCUGCUCGCCGUUGCCAUGGCAGAACAGCUGCCCUAUGUCAUCAAAUCUGCGGAUGCCCAUGAACGCGCCUCGCUAUCGAGCUUCAUCUCUCUCUACUUCAGCGCGCUGUACAAGAAAAAGGGAAGCGAAGCGCUCGAGCGCGUCUACGCCAAGGUCCAAGAGUGCUUCUCUUCUCAUUCCGUGAAGCUUGCCAAGCUGGGAGCGCGCAAGAUGCCCAAAACCUCAGGUAGCGGCGCCCAUGAAGGCGAAGAAGACGACGGCCAAGAGCACGAGGGCAGCUCCCAGCAGAAGGAAACCGCACUCAACCAGGAGCAACUUGAAGAGGCGCUGCACAUUCCCUUUGCGAGCCCGGAAGACACGGGCGUGCUUCUCAAAUGGCACAACAAAGCCGUCGAGGACCUCAUUGAAGACGGUCUCAUCACAAGCCUCAUCCGCCUCCUCGCCUCAGAGCACACCAACAUCCGCAAAGAGGCCCUAACAAACCUCCUCAAGAUGGCUGCGAAAAUCGACGAGUCCGCCUACGAAGAGAAGAAGCAAAUCUGGCUCCUCCUCUCCGAGCUCGCCGAAUCGUCCCGACCACAAGUAGACAGCGGCCCCGUCCCCUCCGCCUUCGUCGCCUUCUCCAUCCACGCCCUCGACAUCCUCAAGAGCCCGCUCCACCCGCUCUACCCCAAGGUCAACAGCUUCCUCACGCGCAGCCCCGUCUGGUCCCCCGAGAAGCUGCCCCUCGCCCACGACAUCCUCCACGGGGAACCCUCCGAGGACGACAAGUACUACACCGAAGUCGCCUGGUUCCUGACGUACAUGCUCGACGCCCUCCAGACGCCCUUUGACCUCGGCGUGUUCCACAAGAAGCGCUGGCUCGAGAAGAUCCUCGCCCUGGGCAGCAACCCCUACCUGCGGACGAAUCUGCGCCUCCGCGUCCUGAGGAUCGUGUAUCGCGCCACGUGUAUCGAGUCGGGCAGUACGACGCUCAUUACGAGGUUCGGGCUGCUGACUUGGCUCGAUGCCCAGCGGGCCGCAUGUGGGGGCUCCGACGAGGCGGCUCUUUACGAGGCCUUGAUGGAGCGCGCGUGGAACACCUGUGACCAGGCGAGGGUCCGGGCCUGGAGCAAGGGCGGGGUGGAAAAGCUGUUGGCGAAGAAGAAGACGCACUGA